CCCGCAAAAAAUCUGGCCAGCAAGUAAAUAUGGCUUCCUAGAGACGUAAAUACGUACUCUGGAUGAUGAUGCGGAUAAUGCCAAAAGACUUAGACUACCUAUAGUUAUAGAUCUAGAAAUAUUAUUUCCAUGAUGACUGACACAGAGCUUGAUUCUUCUCUUGAUCUGAACAAUCUUUUAAGGCAUGUGAAGGAGGAAAUGGAAGAAACAGAUUUGAUAACACAAACAAAUGAAGAUCAAAACUUCAUGUCAAUGGUAAAAACUGAGAAGAUGGCUGAAGAGGAAUCAGACUUGUAUACACAGCAAUCAAAGCAUGAUGCUGAAACUUCUAAUAUCAAACUUGAACAUCAGGAAAGUACUAAAAAGAAAGAGAUGACCAAUUUUACAGAUACAGAUAAACCCUUGUCUCUAGCUUCAAGACUACUAUCUGUAUCAAUGAAGAAAAACACUAACCUUUGUCCUGUUCCUAUCAUGAUGCCAAAUUUAAAAUCACCUGGUGACACCCAUGGCUCAGAAGUCUUAGUGAGUCAGAUGGACAUUAUUAAGAAAGAAGAGGAAAUGACACCAUCCAUACAUGUGCAUACUGAUUACACAAAAGAUCAAAAUGAAACAAACGUUUUAAAAGAAAAGGUUUUAAGAACAGAGUUGAUGAGUUCAUUUCUUAAGACCAAAAAGAAAUACAAAUGUCACAGAUGUCUCAAACAUUUCUCUACACGUUCACUUUUAAAAAAUCACCAGUCUGUUCAUAAAUCAUUUAAAUGUCAAAUAUGUCAAAAAGGAUUUGCUCAGACUUCACAUUUGAAACGACACCAAUACCUUCAUACAGGUGAAAGACCGUAUAAAUGUCAAAUAUGCGAAAAAGGAUAUACUGAGUCUACGAAAUUAAAAAGACACCAAAUGGUUCAUACUGGUGAAAGACCAUUUAAAUGUCAAAUAUGUCAAAGGAGAUUCCCUACAAUUCUACAAUUAAAUAAACACACAUUAAUUCAUACUGAUGAAAGACCUUAUAAAUGUGAAAUAUGUCAAAAAGCAUACACUCAACCUUCAUGCCUGAAAAAACACCAAAAGAUUCAUACUGGUGAAAAACCAUUUAAAUGUCCAAUAUGUCAAAAAGGGUUCACUGAAUCUUCAUAUUUGAAAAAGCACAAACAAAGUCAUACUGGGAAAACAUAUAAAUGUGAAACAUGUCAGAAAAAAUUUUUUGACUAUUCAAAAUUAAGACAACACUGUCUGGUUCACACUCAUGAAAGACCAUAUGAGUGUCUAUUAUGUCAGAAUAGAUUUCCAUCAACUUUACUAUUAAAAAAACACCAAUUAAUUCAUAGUGGUGAAAUACCUCAUCAAUGUCAAAUAUGUAAAAAAGGAUUUACUCAAUCUUCAAGCCUGAAAAUGCACCAAGUGGUUCAUACUCGUGAAAAGCCAUUUCAGUGUCAAAUAUGUCAAAAAGGAUUUACUCAAUCUUCAUAUUUAAAAAAACACCAACAGCUUCAUACUGGGAAAAAAACAUGUCCGAUAUGUCAUCAGGAUUUCUCUCUGUCUUCGGCUUUUAAAAAUCACCAAAAAAUUCAUACAAGUAAAAAAACAUUUAAAUGUGAAUUAUGUCAAAAAGUAUUUACUGGAUUUUCAGUAUUAAAAAGACACAAUAUGGUUCAUACUGGUGAAAGACCAUUUAAAUGUCAAAUAUGUCAAAAAAGAUUCUCUAAAUCUUCAUACCUGAAAAUUCACCAACUGGUUCAUACUGGUGAAAGACCAUUUAAAUGUCAAAUAUGCCAAAAAGGAUACACUCGAGCAGUAUUCUUAAAAACUCAUCAACUAGUUCAUACAUCUUCCAUGAUGACUGAGACAGAGCUUAAUUCUUCUCUAAAUUUGAAGAGUGUCUUAAAGCAUAGGAAGGAGGAAAUAAAAGCAACAAAUCUGUUUGGGCAAUCAUGUGAAGAACAAGAUUGUAAAGAGUUAAUGGUAAAAACUGAGAAGAUAGAUGAAGAUGAAUCAGACUUGUAUACAGAGCAAUCAAAAGAAUAUGUUCAAACUUCUAAUGGGAUACCUGGAUAUCAGAUGGAGGUCAUUAAGAAUGAAAAGGAAGUACCAUACAUGAAUAUCUAUACUGAUAACACACAUGACCCAAGUGAAGCAAACCUUUCGAGAGAAACUUUUUUAAGAACAGAGAUGAUAAGUUCUUGUAAACAGGCUAGAAACAAACAUAAAAGUCUCAAAGAUUACCUUAUACCUUCACAUUUAAAAAAUCGCCAGUUUGUUCAUUCUGGUGAGAAACCUUUAGAAUGUCAGAAAGAAUUUUCUGGGUCUUCAUCUUUAAAUACUGACCAAUUCAUUCAUACUGGGGACAAACCGUUCAAAUGUGAAACAUAUCAAAAAGAAUUUACUAAAUCUUCAAAAUUCAAAGACCACCGACUGGUUCAUACUGGUGAAAAACCAUAUAAAUGUCAAAUGUGUCCAAAAGAAUUUACUUUAUCGUCACAAUUAAAAAAGCACCAAUUAAUUCAUACUGGUGAAAAACCAUUUAAAUGUCAGAUAUGUCAAAGAGGAUUCACUCAAUCCUCACACUUAAAAACUCACCUAGUGAUUCAUACUGGUGAAAAACCAUUCAAAUGUCAAAUAUGUCAAAAAGGAUUGACUUCAUCUUCACAUUUGAAAACACAUCUAUUGGCUCAUACUGGUGAAAAACCAUUCAAAUGUCAAAUAUGUCUCAAAGAAUUUUCUGUGUCUUCGUCUUUGAAAACUCACCUAAAAAUCCAUACUGGUGAAAAACAUUUUAAAUGUGAAAUAUGUGAGAAAGUAUUUACUGGAUCUUCAGAAUUGAAAAGACACCAUAUGGUUCAUACUGGUGAAAAGCCAUAUAAAUGUCAAAUAUGCCAAAAAGGAUUCACUCAAACUGCACAUUUAAAAACUCACCAACUGGUUCAUACUUGUAAAAAAAACAUAUAAAUGUCAUGUAUUUCAAUAAGGAUUACUACAUCUUCAUCUUUGAAAGAAUACCAAAAAAUUCAUGAUGGUGAAAACAAUUUAUAUGUCAAAAUUUGAAAACACACCAUAUAUACUAGUCUUUUUCAUAACUACAUGCGAUUGGUCAUGAAGCAGUGCAAGUUUACAUUUCCAGAGGACGGACAAUGGGUGUAGUAAAUGUGAUAUAAUCAAGUUCUUCAUGGCAUUACAAAGGAAGUAACUAGUGACAAUGGGCCUCCAUUUUGCUUGUGAUGCAUGACUUCAUGUCCAAGAUAUUCACCAUCUAAUAUGGCAUUGCUGAACAAGCAAUUAAAACAGUAAAGCAGCUUCUAUUUUGUAUUAAUGCUUUAUGAUGUGUAUAGUUGAUUGAUUUUUGUAGGCCUAUAUUUUUAGAGUUCCAAUAGUAUGUUUGUUUUGAGUGACCAUUUGUGCUUUUCUGUACCAUUGUGUAUUGAUACUAGGUACCCUUUGAAUAUAGAUGGAUAGAUGAUUGAACGGCUGAGCUAUUGUUUUUCUUGCAUGCCUGUGUAGAAAUGGGUCAGUGGACAGUGCUGAUAAAGACAAUGUGGUUAAAAAGAAAAAUAAAUGAAGUUCAUUGUUGCAUAGUUA